UGCAUUAGAGUUCUCCGAGUUGGGGUUGUGUGACCCUGAAACCCCAAGCCACUGCCCUUGGACUCAGCUCUGCGGAUUAUUGUCCAAUCGGGCCGUCUGCACCUGUUGAGGCCCCCUCUGGACGGGAGGAGGAGGGAGGAGGGAGAGGAGAAGGAUCCAGAGAAAGGCCCGGAGGCGCACCCUCAUCCGGAUGCUGGGCCCCGGGGCGCGGAGAGACAGCCUGGCGCCUUUGUAUCUGGGAGGGGGUGGCCUUCCUUCUCCCGGAUUGCGUCCCCAGCAGGCGCACGGUUUGGGGGUGGGGGUGGGGAAUGGCCUCUCUGGGGAGAAGGCAGGAGCGAGUAGAGGAUUUAGAUGUCUAGGGGGAGGACAGGAAGGUGAAGUAGAAGUGACAGGAACCCUGGCAGCCCGCUGAGCCCACCAGCCGGGAGGCCAGGCUGUUGCGCGCGCGGGUAUCCACGCGGAUGUGCGUGCGGGGCGCUUUCAUUCAAACUUUGGGAAGUCUGGGUUCCGUCGUCACCGAAGGUGUGACCAAUCAGAGUCUAGAGAGGGGAAUAAAUUAUGCAAAUAACCAUCUGGCGAUGGGUCAGAUGACUCCAAGGGUUUAAAAAACUACCUCUCCAGGAGUCCGGCGGAGUGACAGCGGCCAGCCCCGCUUCCCCGCGGCCCUGGGUGAGGGCAGGUCUGGUUCUGCAACAAGUCCUGCCACUUUCUCCUCCCGGCGCGCCGCCGCGGUCCGCGCAGCCAACUUCGCGACUUCCAUCUCCUCUUCCAGCUCACUCCCUUGUGCCCACUUUUGGGCUUCCCGGCGCGGGAGGUGGUGGUGGCAUUCUUUUUGUUGUUGUUGUUUUGUGUUUUUUUUUUUGUUGUUUUUUUUAAAUCCUCGGUUCAGGGGAGGGGGCGUGGCAGGGAAGGAUGAGAAACUCCAUUCUUCUGUUCUUCUUCUGGAACGUCUAUUGUUGCUUUGCGGCGGGAAGCCCCACACCCCUGGGUCCGGAGGGACCCCUGGAAGAUGAGCUCCCCAGAACCAAGGAGGUGCUGAUAUCAACCAAACCCUCUGUGAAGUUUAACCUCCGCACCUCUAAGGACGCAGAACACGAAGGAUGCUACUUCUCUGCUGGCCACGAUCAGCUUUUAGAAGACUGCGGCUUCAACGUCACAGCUAAAACAUUCUUUGUCAUUCACGGAUGGACGAUGAGCGGCAUGUUUGAAAAUUGGCUCCACAAACUUGUAUCAGCUUUGCAGACAAGAGAGAAAGAUGCCAAUGUCGUGGUGGUUGACUGGUUGCCCCUGGCUCACCAGCUGUACAUAGAUGCAGUCAGUAACAUCGGUGUGGUGGGACACAGUGUGGCAAAGCUGCUUGACUGGUUGCAGGGGAAGAAUGGCUUUUCACUUGGGAAUGUUCACUUGAUUGGCUACAGCCUUGGGGCACAUGUGGCUGGGUAUGCUGGCAACUUCGUGAAAGGAACUGUGGGCAGGAUCACAGGUCUGGAUCCUGCUGGACCCAUGUUUGAAGGGGCUGACAUCAACAAGAGGCUCUCCCCUGAUGAUGCGGACUUUGUGGAUGUCCUGCACACUUACACACGCUCCUUUGGUGUGAGCAUCGGGAUUCAGAUGCCCGUGGGCCACAUUGAUAUCUACCCCAACGGGGGUGACUUCCAGCCGGGCUGCGGAUUAAACGAUAUCUUGGGAUCAAUUGCAUCUGGAACAAUCGCAGAGGUGAUGAAAUGUGAGCACGAACGAGCUGUACACCUUUUCAUUGACUCCCUGGUGAACCAGGACAAGCCGAGCUUAGCCUUCCAGUGCAUUGACUCCAACCGUUUCAAAAAGGGGAUCUGUCUCAGCUGCAGGAACAAUCGUUGUAAUAGCAUUGGCUACAAUGCUAAAAAAAUGAGACGCAAGAGGAACAGCAAAAUGUACCUUAAAACCCGUGCAGGCAUGCCUUUCAGAGUGUACCAUUAUCAGAUGAAAAUCCACAUCUUCAGUUACAAGAACAGCAGAGAACUCGAGCCCACUUUCUAUGUCACCCUGUAUGGCACAAAUGCUGACUCCCAGACUCUACCUCUGGAAAUUGUGGAGCAGAUCAACCUGAACGCCACCAACACCUUCCUGGUCUACACAGAAGAGGACUUGGGUGACCUCUUGAAGAUCAAACUCACCUGGGAGAGGCCAGCUCAGUCCUGGUACAACCUGUGGAAGGAGCUUCGCACCUACCUGUCUCAACCCAGCAACCCCUCCAGGGAGCUGCACAUCCGGCGCAUUCGAGUCAAGUCUGGGGAAACCCAGCAGAAGUUUACAUUUUGUGCAGAGGACCCUGAGAACACCAGCAUCUCUCCUGGCCAAGAACUCUCGUUUCGCAAGUGUAAGGAUGGCUGGCAAAUGAAAAAUGAAACCAGUCCCACUGUGGUGCUAGCCUGAGGGGCCAGACAGUCCUGCAGCCCUGCGCAUGCGCCCGUCCCCCGUCCCCCGCCGUCCAAGCACAUGGAGGAAUGUUACUGCUGAGACCCACCUAGCGACAGAACCCCGCUGAGCCUUCACCCUGGAGCCCCGGGAGGAUCAUGCUGGCCAGACCCCCUUCUCUCUGUCCCCUCUGCUGAACAUGACUGUGAAUUCUCUCAGGAGGGGCCUGUCACUGCUCAAGCUCCAGUUCCCAACUCGAGGUCGUUCUAACUCCCAAACCUCCCGCCCACCGCCGGAGCUGAGUUGCAGAUUCGUGUGCAAGCAUCGAGAUGCCCGGGUGCCUUGUGCCCUCGGCCUUGGGCAGGCUCUCUCCUUGCCGGCGGAACCCAGGCUUUUCCUGGCAGCAGACCUGGGCUUGGGAGUGACUGUGUGAAGAGGGGCCACCCAUGGGCUGGCCUCACUUGAGCCUCAGGGAGAGGCCUUUCCAUCCAUCAGGAGCC